AUAUGAAUUAGCUUCUUUUUUUAUUUUAUUUUAUUUUUUUUCUUUUAUCCAAAAAAAAAAAUGACUAUUGGUAAUAAUCGUCCUGGCUCUUCCAGACCUGGAUCCCCUACUGUUCAUACAAAAGUAGAAGAGGAUCUUCAUACGAUGGCUGGUAUUGAUUACGAUAAAGUUACAAUCAAACAUAAUCCUUCUGUAGCUGUACUUUAUGAAGAGGCUUUAACACAUGAAUUUGGUACAGUUAUCUCUUCUACAGGUGCUUUAUGUUCCUAUUCUGGUAAAAAGACAGGUAGAAGUCCGAAAGAUAAACGUAUUGUUGAAGAGGAAACGACGAAAAAAGAUAUUUGGUGGGGUCCUAUAAAUACUAAAAUGAGUGAAAGAGUCUUUUUAAUUAAUCGUGAAAGAGCUAUUGAUUAUCUGAAUACGCAUCCUCGUCUUUAUGUCUUUGACGGAUUUGCAGGCUGGGAUCCCAGAUAUCGUAAAAAGAUAAGAGUGAUUGCUUCUAGGGCUUAUCAUGCUUUAUUUAUGCACAACAUGCUAAUUAGACCUACUGAAAAAGAAAUUGAAAACUUUGGGACUCCUGAUUUUACCAUCUUUAACGCUGGUGAGUUUCCUGCUAAUCGUUAUACAACUGGUAUGACUUCGACUACCUCUAUUUCUAUUAACUUUAAACGUCAUGAAAUGGUUAUUCUUGGUUCUGAAUACGCUGGUGAAAUGAAGAAAGGAAUUUUUACAGUAAUGCAUUAUUUGAUGCCAAAAGCGGGUGUACUUUCUUUACAUUCAUCUGCAAAUGAAGGCCCUAAUGGUGAUGUCUCUCUUUUCUUUGGUCUUUCAGGUACGGGUAAGACGACAUUAAGUGCUGAUUCUAAACGACGUUUAAUCGGAGAUGAUGAACAUUGUUGGAGUGAAACUGGCAUAUUUAAUAUUGAAGGAGGUUGUUAUGCAAAGUGUAUUGAUUUAUCUAUGGAAAAGGAACCAGAGAUCUUCAAAGCUAUACGAUUUGGUUCUGUUCUUGAAAAUGUUGUUCUAAAUGCAGAAUCUCGUGAAGUUGAUUAUGAGGAUGAUUAUUUGACUGAAAAUACGCGAUGUGCUUAUCCAAUUGAUUAUAUUCCUAAUGCCAAGAUUCCUUGCUUAAGUGGCCAUCCUAAAAAUAUAAUUUUAUUGACCUGUGAUGCAUUCGGUGUUAUUCCACCUGUUUCUAAAUUAUCCUCUAGUCAAGUUAUGUAUCAUUUUAUUUCAGGUUAUACAACAAAAGUGGCUGGUACAGAAGAUGGUAUUGUUGAACCUACACCCACCUUUAGCGCCUGUUUUGGUGCACCUUUCUUAGUCCUUCAUCCACAAAAAUAUGCCACAAUGUUAGCGGACAAGAUGAGCAAGCAUGAUGUUGAUGCUUGGUUAAUUAAUACAGGCUGGAUUGGUAACUCUGCAAAAAAUGGUGGUAAGCGAUGUCCCUUAAAGUAUACACGUGCCAUCUUGGAUGCUAUCCAUAAUGGUUCACUUGUUGAAAAUCAAGAAUAUGAAAAUUAUGAAAUAUUUAAUUUCAACAUUCCAACUACCGUUCAAGGUGUCCCAAAACAAUUACUUCAUCCAAGAAGGGCAUGGCAAAGUGACCUCAGGGACUUUGAUGAGUCUCUUAAAGAUGUUGCUAAUAUGUUUAUCGAGAAUUUUAAGAAUUUUCAAGAUGAAGCUAGUCCUGAAACAUAUCAAGCGGGCCCACGUAUUUAAAAAAGAAAGAAAGAAAAUAAAUAAAUAGCAGAACUUGUAUAUGAUCUUUUAUUAUUAUAUUGAAUAAAGAAAGAAAGAAAAGAAAGAGAGAUAAUUAGCUUCUACCCUAUUUCCUUCCCCCUUGAUUUGUGCGUGUGUGCGUGUGUGUGUGUGUGUGUGUAUCUGAAGGUGUAUUAGAAAAUGGUUUGUCCAUUAACUUUAGAUGGCGUCAUAAUCUUUAAAAAUUCUUCAUAGUUUAUCAUGC